AUCUCCUCUUCCCGUUCCAUGCCGUAAUACUCCCGUAUCAAACAGCCAAUUUACACCUGAUAUAUGCCAAGCAGGUCCACUGUCCGGGAGCAUUUAUCUCUCUAGAGACUAUUGGUCGCCACGCACUCGCCGCUAUCUUCAUGAUUGCGUCUGUAUCGCUCUCGUUGCUCCGUUCCUGUUCUUCCGCUGCCUCUCCCAACCUUUUAUCAUCGAAUUCUUAUUCUUCCUCGUCACUCGUCAGAGUUAUUGUUCGUGACCACUUUUCUAUGACACUCUGAGUGCUUGGUUACUGGUUCUGUAACUCGUCGGCCAUCAUCAGUUCACCACUCGCCAAUCGUCAUGUCAGGGCAGAGCUCAAGCUCCUAUGGUGACACUGACCAUGGCACGGACAGCGCAUCCAGCAGCAUCGGAUGGGCACCACACGGCCGCGGCAUGACGGCCUGCCUCAUCGUCGUCAACGUCGUGCUCGUCGCCCUCGUCUACCUCUACUUCUGGAGGCUGUUCUCCCGCAAACGCGCCGGCGCGUCCUCCUCAGCCACUAACAACCCCGUGGACCACGACGACGAUGACGACGCAUCGUCCACCGCCUCGACGCCGCCAUCCUCGCCUCCAACGUCCCAGGAUCUGCACGACCGCCUCGUGGCGUCGCUGCCGACGUUCGUCGCGCGCUCCGGGUCCGGCGCCGGCGCCGAGUGCGCGGUGUGCAUCGCGGAGCUGCGGGACGGCGACGAAGGGCGCGCGCUGCCGCGGUGCGGGCACCGGUUCCACGCGGCGUGCGUCGACGCUUGGCUGCGGCGGCGGCACACCACCUGCCCGCUCUGCCGGGCCAGCGUCGUCGUCGCCGGGGAGGAGGCGGGGCCCAAGGGCAGUGGCGUAACGGACACGACGACGGCCGCGGCUCUCGAGGAUAUGGACGCACCGGUCUAGUCAUUACUGAUUGAUUUGUGUGGGAAGUGCUGAAAUUAGGACGUCACGUAGCGGUCUUGGGUCAACGGAAUUGUAAUAAGGAAGCAUUAUCUUGUUUGGAUGACUCCAAACCAGGAAACUGGUUAUGCAAGCUUGGUUGGUAAGUUUUAAAUUUAUCCUAUCACAGAUAUAAGUGUUUAAUUU